AUGAAGCAGGAAAUGGGGAAGAAUAAGAGAGGGGAAAGUGAAGAAAAUGAAGAAGAGAAAUGGGUACAUGAUGCAUCUGUGGAUUAUAAGGGCAAAAUUCCUCUUCGUGCUUCAACAGGAGUAUGGAAGGCUUCUCUUUUUGUCCUUGGUGAGAUGCCAGCUAUUGAAUUCAGUGAAAGGAUAUGCCAAUCUGGGAUAUCUAGUAAUCUCAUCACGUACUUGACAAAAGUCAUGCAUGAAGACCUCAAAACAGCAACCAAGAAUGUAAACAACUGGAAAGGAGCAACAACCUUGAUAACCAUAAUUGGGGGAGUUGUUGCUGAUGCCUACACUGGUCGAUUUCAUAUGGUUCUCUUUUCUUCCAUAGUAUAUAUCAAGGGAUUAAGCCUCUUGACCAUGUCUCAAUUCAUUCCAAGUCUAAAACCAUGCAACAAUGAGAUGUGUCAACAGCCAACAAAGGUCCAUGAAGUGGUUUUCUACCUUGCUCUUUACUGUAUUGCCUUGGGUUCUGGAGGAUUCAAGCCAUGCUUAGAAAGCUUUGGAGCUGAUCAAUUUGAUGACGACCACCUUGAAGAACGAAAGAAAAAGAUGUCUUUCUUCAACUGGUGGACUUUUACACUGUUUUUUGCAAUGCUGCUUGGGGCAACAGUGAUUGUUUAUGUUCAGGACUUUGUUAGCUGGGGAGUUGCUUGUCUCAUCCUCACUAUUUUUAUGGCUCUCAAUAUCGUUGCUUUCUAUCUGGGGAAGCCAUUUUACAGGUACAGGAGGCCAGAAGGAAACCCUUUCAUGUCAAUUCUACAAGUCCUAAUUGCAGCCAUAAGGAAAAGAAAUUUGCCCUGCCCUUCAAAUCCUGCUUUACUGUACGAAGUUCCAAUGUCAGAGAAUUCCCAAGGAAGGUUUAUGAGGCACACUAGCAGGCUCAGGUUUCUUGACAAGGCUGCAAUAGUGGAAGAGAAGUAUACUGAGCAAAAAGACAAUCCAUGGAGAUUAGCAACAGUGACAAGAGUGGAGGAGACAAAGCUUAUUCUGAACGUUGUUCCCAUAUGGCUAACUUCAUUGAUAGUUGGUGUAUGUAUAGCGCAAGGCUUGACACUCUUUGUUAAUCAAGCAGCUGCAAUGAACUUAAACAUAAGUAAUAACUUCAGAAUCCCACCAGCUUCCAUGGCGUCUGUUCCAGCUUUAGGCACCAUAAUAACUGUCCCAAUAUAUGAUAAGACUGUUGUUCCAAUACUGAGAAAAAUCUCAGGUAAUGAAAGAGGUAUCAGCAUCCUUAAAAGGAUUGGCAUUGGCUUGACAUUCUCAGUCAUUCUCAUGGUUGUUGCUGCCUUAGUAGAAACACAGAGAUUAAGAAUGGCUGCAUUGACAGUAGGGAAAACUAGGCAUGAGACGAUGAGCGUGCUAUGGUUGAUACCCCAGUACUUGAUUCUUGGCAUUGGAGAAUCAUUUUCUCUAGUUGGUUUGCAAGAGUUUUUCUAUGACCAAGUUCCUGACUCAAUGAGAAGCUUAGGAAUGGCUCUGUAUCUAAGUAUGCUUGGAUUAGGAUUCUUCUUAAGCAGCUUUCUAAUCAUCAUUGUGGACAAGGUCACAGGGAAGAAUGGCAAAAGUUGGAUUGCGAGUGAUGUAAAUUCAAGCCAUUUAGACAAGUUUUAUUGGAUGUUGUCUGUCAUAAAUGCUUUAAAUUUGUGCCUAUUUCUAUUAAUGGCAAAGAGGUACACUUAUAAGACAUUAUUGCGGAAAGCUAAUGAAAUUGAUGGUUGUGACAGUGAUGGGGUGGAGAAAAUGGAAUAA